AUGGAAAAAAAUAAAUUUGAUGAAGAAAUGGAAGCUGUAGCCACUACAGGUUUAUAUCCUCCAACAAAUAGCCAUCAAGUUGACUCGGAAAUUGAUCCUAAAUAUGGUCUUAUGCAAUUAGCUGCUCGAGCCGGUUCACCACCAACAUCAAUGGCUCGUGCUAGUUAUCCUCAAUCAGAUCAACAACAACAAUUAAUUUAUCGUGGAAUAAAUAAUACACGAAGUACACCAUAUGGACAAGUUAUAUCAUAUAGCGGUGUAACACGUCCAUUUGAAGCUCCAGUUAUAAAACGAGACGAACUAGUUAAUCCUGCUUGGAUCUUUCAUGAAUCCUUACAUGAUUCUGAAGUUGUAAUGCUUGAUCCACGUGAAACAAAAUUUUUUCAAGAAUUAAUUGGAUGUUAUUUAUAUCCAUUAGUUGAAGAUAAAGAUCAUCAAAAACAAAUGGUUCGUGAUCUUAAAUCAUUACGUAAUAAUGGUUGUUUUAUAUUUUUUAUGAUAAAUACAUUAUGGCUUGUUAUUAUAUUUUCAUUUCAACUUGUAUCAGAACGUAUACGUGAUUAUGUAUUUAUACCAAUAAAACGUUUACAUAAUGAACCAUUACGUUUUGAACCACUUGGUUUAGCUUUUUUAAUUUUUUUUGCAACUAUUUUACUUAUACAAUUUGUAUCAAUGUUAUGGCAUCGUUAUGGAACAUUAUUACAUUUAUUAGCAUCAACUGAUUUAAAAAUUUGUCAACGAAAUAAUGGAAAAAAUAAUCGUCAUCAUCGACGUGGAGAUUUUACAACAGAUAAUGUUGAAGAUGCUGUUGAACAAGUUAAAGUUUUACAACAAUUAAAAGGUUUUGAUGAAGAAGAUUUACCUGAACCUGAUUAUGAUAAUGAUGAUGAUAAUAAUGAUCAAGAUAAUAAACAAGCAUCAGAACCUGAUUUAUCAACAACAGGACUUAUUUAUAAUGGUGGUAAUCGAUAUAUAAGAAAUUCUGCAAAUACAUCACAACAAUGGAGUGAUACAGCUAAAGUAAAUGAUAUGCAAAGAAAUUUAGAUACAACUGAUCAUAGUGAAAUAAGUCAAAUGUGUGGAUAUGCAUCAGGUUCAGUUAAAACAUAUGGAAGUAAUUAUGAAGCUAUAAAACGACGUCAAAUAUCAAAUAAACGUCAUUUAUAUAAUAAAUCACUUGAUCAUGUUUUUAAAUCACGUUAUCAAGCAUUAACACAAAAUAAAAAUCAACAACAACAACAACAACAACAACAACAACAUCAACAACAAUCAAAUAAAAAUAUACGAAUUAAAUUAAGUGAUGUUUUUCAACAACAACAACAACAACAAUUAGGUUUACCAAGAACUAGACGAACAUCAAAUGAAUUAACAGUACGAGAUAAUGUUACUACUGGAAAUAUUCAACAACCAACAGCAAUUACAAAAAAACAUCGAAGGAAAUCAAAAGAUCGACAUUUAGAACAUUUGUAG